AUGACAGACAGUCUCAUCGACCAGCUUAAGGCCUCUACUUUGAAAGAUGGCGCGAGCACAGAUGAUUGGAAGCAAAGUCUCAAACUCCCUGCUAAGGACACGAGACAACAAACCGAGGAUGUGACGAACACCAAAGGACUAGAAUUUGAGGAUUUCGGACUCAAGCGGGAUCUGCUCAUGGGCAUAUUCGAGGCCGGUUUCGAAAAACCCUCACCCAUUCAGGAAGAGAGCAUACCGGCUGCUCUCACCGGCCGCGACAUUCUUGCGCGCGCAAAAAACGGUACUGGCAAAACUGCAGCCUUCGUGAUCCCAGCCCUGGAGAAAAUCAACCCGAAAGUGUCCAAGAUCCAAUGUCUCAUCCUCGUCCCCACUCGCGAGUUGGCCAUGCAGACAUCCCAGGUUUGCAAGACCUUGGGGAAGCAUCUCGGUAUCAACGUCAUGGUUACCACCGGCGGAACUGGUCUUCGCGAUGACAUUGUCCGUCUGCAGGAUCCCGUCCAUAUUGUGGUCGGUACCCCGGGCAGAAUUCUGGAUCUCGCCAGCAAGCAGGUGGCGGAUCUGAGCGAAUGCCCGAUGUUCAUCAUGGACGAGGCGGACAAACUUCUCUCCGUCGAAUUCACGCCUGUCAUCGAACAACUCCUCCGGUUCCAUCCAAAGGAUCGUCAGGUUAUGCUCUUCUCGGCAACUUUCCCUCUCUCGGUCAAGGACUUCUCAGAUAAGAACAUGGUCAGCCCUUACGAGAUCAAUCUCAUGGAUGAGCUCACUCUGCGCGGCAUUACCCAGUACUACGCCUACGUCGAAGAAAAGCAAAAGGUUCACUGUCUUAAUACACUCUUCUCCAAACUCCAGAUCAAUCAGUCCAUCAUCUUCUGCAACUCGACCAACCGUGUCGAGCUUCUCGCCAAGAAGAUCACAGAGCUGGGAUACUCAUGUUUCUACAGCCACGCCAAGAUGGCCCAGCAAGCGCGCAACCGAGUCUUCCACGACUUCCGGAACGGCGUGUGCAGGAACCUGGUGUGUUCCGAUCUGCUGACACGUGGUAUUGACAUCCAAGCGGUCAACGUUGUCAUCAACUUUGACUUCCCCAAGAAUGCCGAGACCUACCUGCACCGCAUCGGUCGUUCCGGCCGGUACGGGCAUCUGGGACUGGCCAUCAACCUCAUUAACUGGGAUGAUCGGUUCAACUUGUAUAAUAUUGAACGUGACUUGGGAACCGAAAUUCAGCCCAUUCCUCCGACCAUCGACAAGAGUCUUUACGUGUACGAGAAUCCAGAAACUAUUCCUCGGCCGAUUUCGAACUUCAAGCCUGCUGCUCCUCAGCACCAACAGCAGCACCACCAGCAGCAGCAGGAUCAGCAGCAACAACAGCAACAACAGCUGCAGAACCCACCAGUGCAGAGACAGCCGCCUGCGCAACAGUCCCGGCCUGUUGGAGCUGGCCCGACAGACUGGCAGGGGCAACCAAACCAUCAAAACGGCUCAGGCCCCUCUGCUCAGGGUCGUGGGGGUUAUCAAGGGACCCGUGAACCGUCGGGCGGUCACCGCGGAGGCCGUGGUCGAGGGUUCCAGGGCCAGGGCGGACGCCAGAGUUAUGGUGGACAACGCGGCGGUCGCCAACAGGCCCAAGGCCAGCCCCAGUCGUCCGUCCAGCAGGCCUAA